AUGCUUGCUUCUUGGAUCCAAUCACUCACUACUGAAAAAAAAACCAAGAAUCUUAUACUUGGAAAUUUCAAUGGCCGCUUCUUACCAACGGCUGACUCCAAUAUGCUCAAGUUGUCACCAAAUACAUUCAGCCAUCCAUCUCUAACAACACUCUCGCUAUAUCAAUACAUAUUACAAGAUGCACAAGCCUUUACUAAUUGUAAGAAUCUCAAGCACCUUGAACUCCAUCACAUCUUUGUUGAGGCUGAUGUAUUGAACAAGGUCAUCUCUUCUUGCCCAUCCCUCGAGGGUCUUAUCCUACAAAUCUUUUUUAACAAUCCAAGUGGUCAUCUAAAGAUCAUUGAUCACAAAAGUCUGAGGAUCUUGGUCAUGUCAUGCAACCAAAUUGAUGGCAUUGAAGUGUGUGAAGCUCGUCUUGAUAUGCUCUCCAUAGAGUUUAUCUUAUGUGAUAUUGAGAACGUCGUUCUUGAAACUCCUAGUCUCCCUUUUGGUAGAAACUAUUGGGUUGCAGGACAACUAUUUCCUCAUACCAGCAUCAAUAUCUCAAGUCCCGCUCAGGAGAGCGCAAGAAAUGGGAUGGUGUUGGCUCCUGUCAACCAUGUAACCCGACCUGCAUCGUUAUCUGUGAGUGUAAAUUUAAAGAAUUCACAAGAAGUCGAAGUGCUAAGGAAAAUAUUAGCUGUGUGGACUGAAAAAAUGAUAGAACUUGAAAUAUCAUUUAAGAAUGACAAUUCUCUUAGGGAAGAAGGAGAUUCUACUAAUUUGUGGGACAAGGCAGAGCCGUUUCCCAACGUCGAUUUUCGCGUGGAUACUGUAUGGAUGUAUAAUUUUUCUGGUUCAGAUGAAGAAGAGUUUGCACUAGCUUCGAGUUUGGUGAUGCAAAAGACAGUAAUGAAGAAGAUGAUGAUCAAGACAACAACAUACCCUAAAAAGAAGAAGAUAGAGAUAGAAGGAGCAGUUGCCAAGCUAAAGGAACUUCCAAAAGGCAACGAAGAGCUUAGCAUCGAAUGCUUCUAUUGA